AUGCAGAUCGAGACAGAGGAGGUGACCAAAGCAUUCCGUCAGCAUGCCGUUAGGGUUGGCGAUGAAACCCAGAUGGGUACAGUGUUUGUCUUCUUUCCUCAAGUUCCAAGUCUUGACAGGACAGUCAGUGACGCCGUUAGUGGUCCCCCAGUUGUUGAUACAAAAGAUGCACGAUUUACUAAUGCCGGCAUCAAAACAGUGAGACCAAAUCAAAUCCUGGAAAAGUGCCCCCCUUCAUCUUCAGAACAAACACAAAAUUAUGAUGAUCGUUUCGAACGGAAAAAUGAUCACCAAAUCGAUUGCUAUAAAUCCUACAAAGUACACAAGACAUACAAACACCAACCAAAGGGUUGCUCAUAA